UCCCCAGAUUUCAUUAUUUUCUGGUCAAUCAUCUUUGUCGACAAUUCGAUUUUUCUCUUCAUCUUCUGCUGCCCGUGUCUGCGAUCCCCCAAAGCAGCCAUACCCCACGUGUCUGCAACCAGCGGCCCGUCGCCCAGCCCAACCACAGGCGCCCGAAACAUAAUCAACCACACAAACGCUUCUUCUCUCUAACUUGGAGCAACCGCCAUCAUGCUGAGAAGUCGUCAGGCCACAAAGGCCGCCCGGGCCAUUGCCCAAACACGCUGCUUUACCUCGUCUACCGUCCCCGUCUCGUCGAGAGCCGCAAAAAAGUUCCCUUCUGGCCAAAGAAAUCAAGCUACAGCUGCCUCGCCUGCAGCUAAUGUUCGCCCUACUCCUAGUCCCUCAUUCAACGCCGAAUCCAACCGUGGCCAUGUCCAGCCUCUGGUCAACCAGCAACGGCCUGAGAUGGACGAAUCAUUUAUCGGCAAGAGUGGUGGUGAAAUCUUCCACGACAUGAUGCUCCGUCACGGCGUGAAGCACAUCUUUGGUUACCCUGGCGGUGCCAUUCUCCCCGUCUUCGAUGCCAUCUACAACUCAAAACACUUCGAAUUCAUCCUGCCUCGCCACGAGCAGGGUGCUGGCCACAUGGCUGAAGGUUACGCUCGUGCUUCUGGCAAGCCUGGCGUCGUCCUCGUCACCUCUGGCCCUGGUGCCACCAAUGUCAUCACCCCCAUCCAGGAUGCCUUUUCGGAUGGUACACCUCUGGUCGUCUUCUGCGGUCAGGUCCCUACCACCGCUAUCGGCAGCGACGCCUUCCAGGAGGCCGAUGUUGUUGGUAUCUCACGCCAAUGCACCAAGUGGAACGUCAUGGUCAAGAGCGUUGCAGAACUCCCUCGCCGCAUCAACGAGGCCUUUGAGAUUGCCACCAGCGGCCGUCCUGGUCCUGUCCUUGUCGACCUGCCCAAGGAUGUUACUGCCGGUAUCCUGCGCCGUGCCAUCCCCACCGAAGUCGAUAUCCCUUCUCUGCCUAGUGCCGCCUCGCGUGCCGCUAUGGAGUCGAGCGAUCGCGUUCUCAGCAACUCUCUGAAGCGUGUCGCUGAUCUCAUCAACAAGGCUAAGAAGCCCGUCAUCUACGCCGGUCAGGGUGUCAUUCUCUCUGAGGGUGGCCCCGAGGCCCUCCGCGAGCUUGCCGACAAGGCCUCCAUCCCCGUCACCACCACUCUCCAGGGUCUCGGUGCCUUUGACGAGCUCGAUGAAAAGUCUCUCCACAUGCUGGGCAUGCACGGUGCUGCCUAUGCUAACAUGGCUAUCCAGGAUGCCGAUCUCAUCAUUGCUCUCGGUGCGCGCUUCGAUGACCGCGUUACUGGCAACGUUUCCAAGUUCGCCCCGGGAGCAAAGGCUGCUGCUGCCGAGAAGCGCGGCGGUAUCAUCCACUUUGAGAUUAUGCCCAAGAACAUCAACAAGGUCGUUCAGGCCACCGAGGCCAUUGAGGGCGAUGUUGGUGCCAACCUGCGCCGCGUCAUGCCCGAGAUUGAAACCCGAUCCAUGGCCGAUCGCAAGGCGUGGUACGACCAGAUCCAGGUCUGGAAGGAGAAGUGGCCUCUGUCGAAUUACCGCAAGGCCGACCGCGACGGACUCAUUCAGCCCCAGACCGUCAUCGAGGAACUCAGCGACCUUACCGCCGACCGCAAGACCGAGACAUAUAUUUCCACUGGUGUUGGCCAGCACCAGAUGUGGACAGCCCAGCACUUCCGCUGGCGCCACCCACGCUCCAUGAUCACCUCAGGUGGUCUGGGAACCAUGGGCUUCGGUCUGCCUGCCGCCAUUGGUGCCAAGGUCGCCCAGCCUGAUGCCCUUGUCAUUGACAUUGACGGUGACGCUUCCUUCAACAUGACCUUGACCGAGAUGUCCACUGCUGCGCAGUUCAACAUUGGUGUCAAGAUCAUUGUCCUCAACAACGAAGAGCAGGGCAUGGUUACGCAAUGGCAGAACCUCUUCUACGAGGACCGCUACGCCCACACGCAUCAGAUGAACCCCGACUUUAUGAAGCUGUCCGAGUCCAUGCACAUCCAGUGCCGUCGCGUUGCCAAGCCUGAUGAGCUGCGCGAUGCCCUCAAGUGGCUGAUUGACUCUGACGGCCCUGCUUUCCUCGAGAUUGUCACCGACAAGAAGGUUCCCGUCCUGCCCAUGGUCCCCGCCGGCUCCGCCCUGCACGAGUUCAUCGCCUAUGAUGGCGAGAAGGACCAAGCCCGCCGCGACCAAAUGGUUGAGCGCACCAAGGGUGUUCACGGAAAGUAAAAAAGCAGCAGCUGCUGUGUAGUAAAAUGAUGAGAAGGAUAGGAGAAGGAGGAGAGAAUUUAUUCAUUUUGGGGCAUUUUAUACCGCCUACGGGCGUGGAGUUUGUUUACUUCUUACCAGUUUGGUAGCUAUUUCUUUUUUCCGAAAAGGAGAGGAGUGUGGAUGUAAUUCUACAGCAAUGUAUCUGCUUGCAUAUCGUUUGACCUGUGUUUAUUCUUCGUGACUGUCAUUUGCUAUGGACUAUGUAUAGUAGUAGACGUGAUGGAUAGAGGGGAGUAUGAUUUUGAGAGACGUAGUCACAAUCAACGUCGAUCAUCUCGAUAACCACUUGGGCUCAUCGCUUCCAAGAGCCUUGGGCAUCUCAUCCCAACCCACUCGUUUGCCCUCCACUUCUGCACUAUGCUUAACAAACGUCAUCUUGCCAAACCCAGUAUCUCUCUGCUCCUUCAUGUCAGCAGGUACGUCAUCUUUGCUAGGAUAAACCUCUGGCAAGUUAAAGACGUCGGCAUCAUAAUACCCCAAGUUGCACAAAUACUUCAUUGCGCCAGCAAGCGAGACGUCUACUAGCCACGAGCCACCCUUUUCUGCUCGAUGGUACGCAGCCGCGCAUAUCCCCGUGGCAAGCAGGUAUCCUGCUGCAUGAUCGAGUACUUGGUACGGCGCCAUCUGCGCUACCUCGCCUUUCCCUGCGCACUCUGCCUCACCAGCACUCAUACCCGAGCACGUCUGUACUAAAGAAUCGAAACCACGGCGCUGCGACCAUGGACCAGAUGGGCCAAAGGCAGACAUGUUGGCGUAGAUUAAGCGCGGGUUAAGCUUGGUAAGAGCGUCAGGUGAGAAGCCACGCGCGGAGAGGCUGCCAGGGCGGUAUGCUUGUAUAAACACGUCUGCGUCCGCAAUGAGAUCGAGGAGGGUUUGUUUGUCGGUUUCGUUUGUAAGGUCUAGCUGGAUGGUGCGUUUGCCGCGACUGAGGUCGACAUCUAGCUCAGGUAGGGAUGGGAGAUUGGGCGAUGUCACCCAGAGGACAUCGGCGCCGUGGGCAGCAAGGGCUUUGCCUGCCACUGGGCCAGCUAUGACGCGCGAAAGUUCGACGACACGCAGGCCUUCAAGACAGCGAGACGUUUUAGGGGGCGAUGUUGAUGGGAUAGGGCCAUGUGAGAGCUGUUUUAGGAGGACGGGCGAGUCAGAGAUGGCUGCUGAUUGGGGAUGCUGGUUCCAUUCGUCUCGAGUGCGGAGAGCGUAAACUGCCCCUGUGCCGUUUCCCGUGGCGGCAGUUUCGUAGUCGACCUUGGUCCAUGACGAUAUGGCCUCUGCGACUUGCUGUUUCGUAGCUGUAUGUGGAAGACCUAAUGGCUGCAGAGCGCCAAUGCGGUGAUUGAGAAAGUUGUCAUGGAUGCGCACGUAGCCGUCCUUGGCUUUGUAGAGGCCGCCAAUAGGACCCCAUGAUGAGGCAAGUGGCGGUUGGCCUGCGUCAAAGGAGUAGAGCCGGUGGGAGUUUACUUCGGCGGCAACGUGGCGGAGUGGCACGAUGACU